CUUAACGCGUAACGAGAAUUGAUGGAGACAUUCAUACUUGACUGAAGGUGUGAAUACGUUGUUCUGUUUGACAUUUGAAACUUAAAAGAGUGAUGUGUGAAAACGCCUUCACAAUUUGCGCAGAGAACACAGACAAUUUGCGCAGAGAACACAGGUGCGUGUGGCACCAAGAGUGAUCUUCUCCCCACUUAUAUAUAAAGGGAAACAAAGCAAAAGCUGUACAAGACUACUAUAUAUAUAUAGCCAGAGAUCACACCAAAUAGUCUUCACUUCAAAAGCCAAAACAACCGCCAUUACUUUUCCCCCAUUCCCCUUUUUUCACACUGUUUUUUUGUCUCACUACAAAAAGGCAAAGCCUCGCCCUGUGACCUGUGUAAACUGCUUCGGAAUUUCUCUUCCUUCUCAUUUUUCUGCUUGCAGAGAAGUUAUUAUGCUUACACAGCUAGCUCGGGCCGUAGAGUGAUGAAAAUGGAAUCAAGUAGCAUGAUUUGGCUACCAUUUUUUCUAUUGCUGUUGGUGGAUAACUGUGGAGUGGUGAGGUCAGCAUCCAACUACUUAAUCGGGCUGGGAAGCUAUGACAUCACAGGGCCAGCAGCUGAUGUCAACAUGAUGGGUUAUGCUAACACGGACCAGAUUGCAUCCGGUGUUCACUUCAGGUUACGAGCACGAACCUUCAUUGUUGCUGAAAGACAAGGGAAUAGGGUCGUUUUCGUAAAUUUGGAUGCUUGUAUGGCUUCGCAGCUCGUGACAAUAAAAGUCCUCGAGAGAUUGAAAGCAAGGUAUGGAAAUCUCUACACUGAAAGUAAUGUUGCUAUUAGUGGCAUUCAUACGCAUGCUGGUCCGGGAGGUUACCUUCAAUACAUUGUGUACAUUGUAACGUCCCUUGGUUUUGUUCGCCAAUCUUUUGAUGCUCUUGUUGAUGGGAUUGAGCAAAGCAUAAUACAAGCUCAUGAAAACCUUCGACCAGGAUCGAUAUAUGUGAAUACAGGGGAGCUUUUGGAUGCCGGUGUUAAUCGCAGCCCGAGCGCUUAUCUUAAUAACCCAUCUGCAGAACGUAGUAAAUAUAAGUAUGAUGUUGAUAAAGAUAUGACCCUCUUGAAGUUCGUCGAUGAUGAAUGGGGCCCAAUAGGCAGCUUCAAUUGGUUUGCUACGCACGGGACUUCGAUGAGCCGUACAAAUUCAUUGGUAAGUGGAGAUAAUAAAGGAGCUGCGGCUCGAUUUAUGGAAGACUGGUUUGAUAAGAACCAUGGUGGAUUCGGAAGCAUUUCAUUCAACAAAACUGAGCUCAAUGAAAUCCCCAGAAGAGUCUCGAACAUAAUACCAGUCGUUAAAGACAAUUAUAAUCAGUUACUCGAACUUGCUGCUUCUUUUAAGUCAUCAUCGGGGGAAUCAACCACUAAGUUUAAAAGCCUUGAAGCACGUGUAAGAAGUGCCAACCGGCAGGCUAAUAGAAGGCCAAGAUUUGUAUCAGCAUUUUGUCAAACAAAUUGUGGAGAUGUGAGUCCUAAUGUGAUGGGCGCCUUCUGUUUAGACACGGGCUUACCUUGUGACUUCAAUCAUAGCACGUGUGGGGGAAAGAAUGAGUUAUGCUAUGGCCGAGGACCUGGGUACCCCGAUGAAUUCGAAAGUACACGUAUUAUAGGAGAAGGACAAUUCAGGAAAGCAGUGGAACUUUUCAAUGGAGCCUCUGAGAAGUUAGAUGGAAAGAUCGAUUUUCGCCAUACGUUUGUUGAUUUUUCUAAGCUCAAUGUCUCGAAAGAAAGCGAGGUUGUAAAAACUUGUCCUGCAUCAAUGGGGUUUGCUUUUGCUGCUGGCACGACUGAUGGACCCGGGGCUUUCGAUUUCAAGCAAGGGGAUGAUAAAGGUAAUAAUCCAUUUUGGAAACUCGUUCGCAACUUGCUUAAAACUCCGGAUAAAGAACAAGUGGAAUGUCAACAUCCUAAGCCUAUUCUGCUUGAUACUGGCGAAAUGAAGCAACCUUAUGAUUGGGCGCCUUCUAUACUUCCAGUUCAGAUUCUGAGGAUAGGGCAGCUGAUCAUUCUUAGUGUGCCUGGAGAAUUUACCACAAUGGCUGGAAGAAGACUGCGAAAUGCUGUGAAAGAAGCUCUAAUUAGUGGAGAUAGCAAAAUGUUAGGUAGCAAUGUUCGUGUAGUUAUAGCUGGCUUGACAAAUACUUAUUCGCAGUACGUGACAACUUUCGAAGAGUACCAAAUUCAGAGAUAUGAGGGCGCCUCGACUCUGUACGGGCCCCACACUCUGAGCGGCUACAUUCAGGAGUUCACGAAGCUUGCAUCAGCGCUCGUCAGCGGGCAGCCCGUCGAGCGGGGCCCACAACCCCCCGAUCUCUUGGACAAGCAGAUCAGCCUCCUGACACCUGUCGUGGUCGACGCGACGCCACCUGGCGUGAACUUCGGUGACGUCAGCUCAGACGUGCCCGAAAAUUCCACCUUCACGAGAGGUAAUGAUAAUGUAACCGCCGUUUUCUGGUCAGCCUGCCCGAGGAACGACCUGCUGACCGAGGGCACGUUUGCAUUGGUGGAGAUGCUUAAAGGGAAGGACACUUGGCUGCCCGUUUAUGAUGACGAUGAUUUUUGCCUUCGGUUUAAAUGGUCGAGACCUUCGAAACUUAGUCCACAGAGCCAUGCGGCCAUUGAGUGGUUAAUACCACUAGAAGCUGAGCCGGGUGUUUAUAGAAUUACGCAUUUUGGUGCUGCGAAGAGUAUUUUGGGUUCGAUCGAGCAUUUUAAAGGCUUUUCCAGUGCUUUUGUGGUGGCAUGACUUGAGAUUUUUUUUUUUUUUUUUUUUUUUGACUUACCCCUUAAGUUUACAUCGUUUUUGGGUAAGUUUACAUCGUUUUUUGUACCCAACGUUUUGUUCGUUAAUCAUGAUAAGUUGAGUUUUGCCUGAAAUGUUGAAAACUCACUGGAAGUUUUGAAGAAAAAUUCAAAUUCUAAGCUUUAACUGAUGUUAUAUACAAAACCUGAAACUCCAGAUUGAUUUAAAGGGUUUCAUAUCCUAUGAAGUAUGAUCAAGUGAUGAACACAUUGAAGUUGUCUCAUUAAUUUUUGACAAGCAGACUAUCAUAAAAAUGUG